AUGGGCCGGGCGCGGCGGAGCGGCUGCGGGCUGCUCCCGUUCCUGCUGCUGCUGCCGCUGCUCGGAGGGGCGGCGGGGCCGGGGAGCGGCGGCUCUCCCCGCCUGCUGCGCUUCUCCGGGCAGGUGCCCGAGAACAGCCCGGCGGGGACGCGUGUGCGGGGCUUGCGGGUGCCGCUGCGGAGGCUGCUGGGCCCCGGGGAGCCGUCCGGAGAAUGGGCGCUGGAAGGCCACGGCGCCUCCCGCUUCUCCCUUCAGCGGCGGCCGGGCGGCGGCGGGGGUCUGCUCCUUCUCCGCACCGCCGAGCCCCUGGACCGGGAGACGCAGGCCGAGUACGGGCUCCGGCUGCGGCCGCGGGCGGGACGGUCCCCGCGGGAGGCGCUGCUGCGGGUCCGGGUCUUGGACCGCAACGACCACCGACCGCGGCUGCCGCCGGCGCGGCCGCUGGAGGUGGACGAGCUGGUCCCGCUGGGCACGGAGGUGGCCCGGCUCCGCGCCUCGGACGGCGACGAGGGCGCCAACGCGCGCCUCACGUACCGCCCCUGGCCGCCGGGCGCCGGCAGCCGCCUGCUCUUCGUGGUGCCCCGCAGCGGGCAGGUGCUGACCGUGGGCUCGCUGCUGGGGCUGCGCCGGCUCCGCCUCUGCGUGGCCGCUCUGGACCACGGGCGGCCGCGGCCGCUGCGCAGCCCCGCGCGGUGCCUGCGCCUGGCCGUGCGCGGGCGGGGGGCGGCGGGCGGCGCGGUUCGGCGGCGGGAGCCGCGCUCGCUGCAGCCGCCGGGGCCCGGGGCCCGGCGCUACACGGCUCGCCUGCCCCCCGGGGCGCGGGUGGGCGACACCGUCUUCACCGUCCCGAGGAGCCGAGACCCGGCGGCGGGCGCCUGGUUCGAGCUGGCCUCUGCCGGCGCCGCCCCCGUGGGGGUCGACAGGACGUCGGGGCGGCUCUACCUGCGGCGGGAGCUGCGAGCGGGCGGCCGGGCGGAGGUGCUGGUCAAGGUGCACCGCGGCGGAGGAGGAGCAGGAGUGGAUGCUGACCAGGCACGGCCGUGCCGGGCACUUGCCGUGCGAAGAGAUGCGGCCGCGGUCACGCUGCCCUCCGUGGGGUGCGGAGAGCCGCAGGCGGCUGCGGGAGCUCGGUGGGUGGUGCGGGAAUGUGCCACGGCUCUUCCCCGGUAG